GCCGGAGCGCACGGAGCCGCGGGGAGCCCCUGCCCGCCGGGGCCCCAGCCCAGCCCCGCGGGACGGGCUCGGCAGCACCAUGGGAAGCGUCCAGGUGCAGGACUUCGUGGCCGGCUUGGUGGGCGGAAUUGCCAGUGUGGUUGCAGGCCAUCCCCUGGACACGGUCAAGACUCGUUUGCAAGCUGGACAAGGAUAUGGAAAUACAUUCAAGUGUGUUCUCACUGUGUACAGAAAUGAGUCUCUGACAGGCUUCUUCAAGGGCAUGUCCUUCCCACUGGCCAGCAUUGGCAUCUACAGCUCCGUGGUGUUCGGUGUCUUCAGCAACACGCAGCGGUUCCUCAGCCAGCUCCGCCACGGGGACCCGGCCGCGGCGCCGUCGCUCACCGACAUGACUCUGGCCAGCAUCGUGGCAGGGGUCAUCUCUGUGGGCAUUGGCACUCCCGUGGAACUGGUCAAGAUAAGGCUACAGAUGCAAACACAGCCAUACAACAAAGCAAAUGUUAAACUAAAUUCCACAGCUCCCGGAUCUCCCGUGUACCGAGGCCCAAUUCACUGCCUAAGGACAAUCAUACAGAAAGAGGGGAUAGCAGGAGUAUACCGAGGCAAUGUAGCAAUGCUCCUGCGGGAUGUUCCUGGGUACUGCGCCUAUUUCAUCCCGUACGCGAUGUUCUGUGACUGGAUAACUCCUGAUGGAAGCAUUGCUCCUAAUCCCUUCUCUAUCUGGGUGGCAGGGGGUGUAGCAGGAGCUGUUUCCUGGGCAGUAUGUACUCCAAUGGAUGUUGUGAAAAGUCGACUUCAGGCAGAUGGAGUUUACUUAAACCAGUACAAAGGGACCCUUGACUGCAUGUUGCAGAGCUACCAGAACGAGGGCUUAAAAGUCUUUUGUAGGGGCCUCAUGGUCAAUACACUGCGAGGAUUCCCAUCAAGUGCAGCCAUGUUUCUAGGCUAUGAACUUUCUCUCAAAGCAAUGAAAAGAUGCCAAACUGAGACCAAUCCCUAAUUUCCAGUGUUGCCAAGAAGACCAGAAAGUUGCCUACUUUCCUGAGCCAGAUCAGCAGUGUGGUGUUGGUGAGGGCUCAGCUGCUCUGACCAAGGACUCCCAUCCUGCACCUACAGCAACUGCUGUGGGCACGUGGUCCAUGGAGGACUCUGAAAAUCACACCAGCUCAAUCAGAUCCAAAGACUAUUUUAUUAUCAAAUCUUUCACUGUUGACUAAGAACACCUUGGUAAUUCUGAUGGUGGUGUUGUGCUUCUUCACCAAUGACAUUUUUCCUGUUGAACCAGGGAGAGAACUUGCUUCCUUUCCCUAAGGAUGUACCCAAACCCAGCUCGCCUCAAAUCACCAAGGGAAUGUCUUUUGUACAACACGGUGCUAUAACACUCAGCUUCUUUGGUGAACAAGGAAAGGAGGAAAUGUGGUGGGUACACAGGUGCUUUUUCUGUGGGAAGGUCUGGAUUCCCACCAAAUCCCAGCUUGCUUUCAGGUUCAAAAAAGUGUGUGACUCUUCCCAUACAAAUAUUGGUGUUCUACAACAGUUUGGCACAAUUUACACAUUAUCAUGAAAAAUGUAAAGGCUUCAAUAACUUCAGUCUGCUAUCCAAGGUAUAAAUUAAAUUGGAAAACAGGAGGAUGUUAAAUUCAGAGACUAAGCUGCUUUUUUUAUAUAGAAAACAAUAAAAUAAGUCUGCAUUUCAUACAGAAGGCUGCCUAUUAAUUUACACAGCUUGCCUGGUGCAGCCCUCCAGGGACCAGCUUGAAGUAUCUCAUCAGACCUUCUGAGCUUCCUGACAUGAUUUGCCAGCUGCCAAAACCUGCAGACAUCACUUUGUAGCAGUGAGCAGACCAUCAGCAAAGGAAGUCUCUAGGACACAGUACACUUCAGACCUCCAGCUCUUUGCUGGAAUCCCCCUGAGAUCACUGGGGCAGGCCCAGUCUCUCUUUGGUCUACCUCAGCCUCUCAAUUAUUCCAAGACCUUUUACAUCAUGAUUAUUUUUCUUUAUGCUGUUUAACAUCCUUAUGAUUUAUUUUCUAAGCAUGGAGUUUUUGAUGCCAAAGCCCAAGAAGAACCAUCUUUGCUGUGACAAGAGGACUGUGGUGGCACUGGCAGGGGAGGCCAAGGGGGCUCCCAUGCAGAGGGACACAUGACAUGGGGAAUAACCUAGGACAACGCUUCAUCUGGGAAAUAUUCUAGAAGAACAGCUCUUCCUCUGGAGAAGAGCUCUGGGGGAAAAGCCCAGUGAUUGCAGUUUCAGCAGAUGCCCUCAAAGAAAAGCUUUCUGAAGACAAUGUGGAGCAGCUGUUGUCCAGCUUUCCUCCAAAAAAUGUGAAGGAAACAGAAACUCCUACAUCCUCCUCCCUGGAUGAAUGGGGAAAUUGGUCACAACGCUUGAAGAUCUCAGCAGAAAGUGCCUAAAACUUUGGGUCUGAGGCAGACUUGGAAAUGGGGUCAUGUUCUUCGGCCUCCUCAUCACUGGGGCCCAGAUUAAAAACAGAAGUGAGGGUGCUGCCAAAACUUAAAAUGGAGAAGAAUCAGCUUGUAUUGUUUCAUCUCAGGACUUCACUGUGAGAAGGCUCACAGUGCCUUUGACCUUCUUUAGGACACAUGGAACUGUUUUUGAUAAACAGUAUGGAAAAAAUUGAUGAACCUUCACACAAGUAUUUGUUGCUGGCUACAUUUAAGGUUUCAUCAUUGCCACGUUGCCUAUUUUUUAUGCAUGUAUGUAAAACAUGUUUUUUAGAUGGAUACUAUCAUGCAUCUCCAGAGAUAA